GUGAUCUUCCUCCACGGAAGAGACAGCACUGCUAAAGAGUUCGCCGAAGAGUUCUUCGAGAGCCAAGCAUCAGGAGAGGAGACUUUGCUCGACUUCUUCCCCAGCGUGAAGUGGGUCUUCCCAUCCGCUGGCUUACUCAACUCCGCUCGCUUCGGUUGCGAACUGUCGCAAUGGUUUGACAUGCAUAACACUGAAAACCCCCACGAACAAGAAGACGACCAGCAUCUUCUUCCCUCGAUGAAACGAAUCCAGGACAUCAUCGCCCAAGAAGCUGCGCUCAUCGGACACGACAAAAUCAUCCUCGGAGGCAUCAGCCAGGGAUGCGCAGUGGCGAUUCACGCCUUACUGAGCGGACAUAGGCAACUGGGUGGUUUCAUCGGCCUAUGCAGCUGGCUUCCGAAGAGAGAAGACAUCAAGCGAAUCGACAGAACCACAAACCAAGCAAUCAAGACACCACUUCUCCUGUGCCACUCCCAAGACGACGACGUCAUCAACGUUACCUUUGGAAUUGAAUUGCGGGACUCUCUGAAGAGCAUAGGUAUGAAGCCUCGAUGGUGUGAAUAUGCGCCCGGAGCAGAAAUGCCGCAUUGGGUCAACGAACCCCAGGGUGUCGACGAUAUGGUGGCUUUUCUG